AUGUCUUGAUCUAGAGACUCUCCGGGGUUAGUUUAGAUUAGGAAAUGCUAAUGCGGUUUGGUUUUGCUUAAACUGGUUAGAUCAUAUGGCUUGAUAUGAAUUUAUGUGUGUUUUCGUCUCAUUUUGUUAGUCUGAAUGGUAUAAAAUUUGCUCAUAGCGUGUCAGAAACAUGUUCUUAUCAUAGUUAUCAAAUGCGCUAGGCGCACUCUAGGCGCAUAGGGCUCGCCUCUCGCCUAGGCGAGAAGCGCAAAAAAAGCGAGGGCCUGAGAAAAAAAAAAGCGCAAUCAAAUAAAAACAUUAAAAAACAAAGUUAUGAACCGGAAAAAGCCAAAUCCUCAAAUUCCAAAAGUUUUCAAAUAUCAUAAACCUUAAAAAUAAAACCAACAUAAUUAUGAAUGAUCAAAAUAUCCCAAAACCAAAACUGUUAAAGACUUGAAAACAAUAAAAAGUUCAGACUUCAAAAAGUAAAUAAAAUUCAAAACCAAAUGUUCUUCAACUUUAAAAAUCAUCGGAGUCGGAGUCGUCAUCCACAGCAAUUGCCGGCAAAUAUACUUUAACAGAAUCGAUACACAUACCUGUGGUAUUUUUUGCCGGCAAAAAAAAAAGCAGGACUGAAUGCUGUGGAUACGUAUUAGUUGUUAUACAGAUAACAUGAAUGAAUAUUGAAUAUAAAGAUAAUAUAUCUCCUAACUUUUUGGAAUUCAAAAUAUCUUUUAAAAUCUGCUGCCUUUUAUUUUAGGUUCUAGAAUGCCUGUGUUUAUUCUUCCUAGAAACAUAAUAAUAUUUGCUUAUCAGAUGUAAAAUAUGUUUUUAUCUCUUAACAUGCCAUAUGGGUUAAGCUAAAAGAUUUAACUAAAAGGAAUCACGUCAAAGGUCAAAUGGGUUGAAAUUCAUCCAAAGUGUAUAUAAAUGCAUAAAAAUAAUAUAGUUUUUUUAGUUUUGUUCCAUACAUUAUUUCUUGGGGUCUAUGACAAAAAAAAAAAAUGUGUUACUGUGUUGGCCCAGCCUAUUUCGAACCGCACUUAAAAAGUUUCAUGUUUUGUCCAUCUCUACUUAUCAUUGAUGAAGUUGGAUUUAUGUCAAUCUGCUCUUGCUCAUAUUUAGCCGUAUGGAUAUUCCCGACGACAUAUUUGGCGAGUCGCUAAAUUUAGAAGAAACCCACUUAAACGAAGGCUAUCAAGAAGGCUAUGAAACUGGUUUCGCCUCUGGAAAAGAUGAUGGGCGGGAAGUUGGAUUAAAAACUGGGUUCACAACCGGUGAAGAGUUAGGCUUUUACAGAGGCUGCAUUGAUGUCUGGAACGCUGUGAUUCGAGUCGAGCCAAGUUGCUACUCAGCUAGAGUUCAAAAGAAAAUCAAAGAGAUGGAUGAGUUGUUGUUUAAGUAUCCGAUUUUGGAGCCAGAAAACGAGUCUGUAACGGAUAUUAUGGGGUCGUUAAGGUUGAAGUUUCGGGCUAUUUGUGCAACACUGAAUGUGAAGUUGGAGUAUAACGGGUACCCAAAAGCCUCGGACCCUAAUGAGAUUCAGUUUUGAGGUCAUGGAAACCAACUGUGAUAUUUUUAUGUUAUAGCAUACCAUUAGGAGUUGAGCUGUUUGUAAUUGUUGGUUGUUACAAAACCAAUUUUAGUAGAAAAAAGCGGAGAACCGCAUAAAUUUGUGUCUAAUAUUAUUUAACUUUGUGAACAUUAUUCAAUCGCCACCUAGACAUGGGAGAUGGGACUUCAUUA